CAUUUAGUCUAGACGUAGAAAUGGAAGUGACACUACGUUGGGAGGAUGUAAAUUACAGUAUAAUUCGAAAGAAUAGUUAUUGGUGGCAGAGACGAAAAAAGACUCCGGAAGUUCAUCAUAUCCUUCAGAAUGUGUCCGGUGAAGUAUCCACUGGUGAUCUCGUUGCCAUUGUGGGUGCAAGUGGAGCUGGUAAAACCACUCUCUUGGCGGCAAUCUCUAGAAGAAUUCGUGGAAACAAAUUGGCGGGAAAGUUCACGAUCAACUCGAGGGAAAUUGAUCGCGAAGAAAUGACAAGCAUCUCGGGAUUUGUGCCACAGAGUGAUAGUCUGAUCAAUGCUCUGACCGUUGAGGAACAUCUAAGGUUUAUUGGGUUACUCAAAUAUUCCCGGAAGAUGCCACAAAUUCAAAUAAGGACAACAAUUCAGAAAAUUCUCGUGCAACUCGGUCUCAGUUCUCUAGCUUCCUCAAGAAUUGGGACUCUUUCCGGAGGUGAGAGAAAGAAGCUAAAUUUGGGUACAGAGUUACUUGGGGAGCCCUAUUUCUUGUUUUGUGACGAACCUACCACCGGAUUGGACAGUUUCAAUGCCCUUUUAGUGAUAAAGACUCUCAAAAAUCUCUGUGGGAUGGAUCAAGAGCCUAGGAAUGGCACCAAUUUCGAGAUGGAAAUCGUGCCAUCGGAGAGAGAUCUCUGGGAACCUCAAUCGAAGGCAUUCUCAAAAGGUGUUGUGUGUUCGAUUCAUCAACCGACUUCUGACAUCUUCCAUUGCUUCUCUCAUAUUAUCCUUGUACGUGAAGGAAGAAUUGUAUUCCAAGGAACCACAAGAGAAGCUGAAGAUAAGUUCCGCGAAGCUGGUUUUAUUUGUCCAGAAAACUACAAUCCCAUAGAGUAUUACGUGAAGAUCAUAUCGCAACAACCAGGGCUUGAUCUCACGACCAAAGAAUUACCACCGAUAUGUCCAAGAAAAUAUCACUGGAGGACGAAAUCAGAUGAAAAUCUUCAUACUCUCUGGAUUCUUCAGGUUUUCUAUCUCUUGAAACGAUCAAGUUUAAUCUCCCGAAGAUCAAUGAAAGAAGAGAUUAUUAGAAGUGUCAUCUAUAUGCUCUCAUCAGUUUUUCUAGCCCUUCUUUACCAAGGCGUAAUGGUAACAACGCAAACUUCUGUUCAGGAUAUUGAAGGAGCACUUUUUUAUAUUUGUUCAGAAAUGAUAUUCGCAAAUUACUGCUCUGUAAUUAUGUUCUUUUGUCCACGGUUAGCCUUACUACGGAGAGAAACCGGUGAGAAAUUGUUCAGUAUCUCCGCUUUUUAUACGGCUUCUGUUCUUGAGCAGAUACCUCGGAACUUUGUUGAAUCCUUUAUCUUCGUGGGUAUUCUGUACAUAUCCUUAGACUUUUUAGGUGAUUUUUGGACAUAUUUACAAAUGUCUCUGAGCUUGUCCAUUGCUGCUGUCUCUUCCAUGGGCUAUGGAUUCAUGAUAUCAGGUAUUUUCAUAGAAGAAGAUAUCGUGAACGAAAUUUCAAUGCCUCUUGACUAUAUUAUGAUGGUCCUGGGAGGAUUUUACAUAAACGUGAGCAAUUUUCCUUACCUGAAAUACACUUCACUGUUUUUCCUGACCAACGAAGCGAUAUCCAUUCAGUUUUGGAGGGAAAUAGACUACAUUGAAUGCAAUGCACCUACAGAUUGUUUCCGAAACGGAACUGAUGUCCUCAAUUACUACGCUUAUGGCCAUGAUCUAACGGCAAUCUGGAGGGAUUAUGUGGGUUUGGGAAUCUGGUUUAUGAUUGCUCAUAUUCUGGGCUUCAUCGGCCUCAAGCGUUAUGUUCAAAAGGAAGGCUAUUUUUAAAGAUUGCUUUUCUUUUGCAUAUAAAAAUGUAGACAUGUCUGACUAUUAAAUUAAAAUAUAUAAUUUAUACUGCAAA